CAGUAAUGGAACUAUAGAAAUAAAAUCGUUAAACGUUUGAGAGUAUAUAAAUUGUGAAAAAUUUUCAUUCGACAUUAAUUUAAAUCUUGGUUUUAACAAAGAAAAGAGACAUAUAAGCAGUAAUAAGAAAAGAUGAAAACUUUCACCCUUGUGUUUUUGUGUAUUGGGACUUUUGUCUUAGCCGUCAACAGUCAACCAUGUAUGGACAUUGGUAGAUCGUGUACAGUGGAUGAAAAUUGUUGUCCUGGUAGUGUAUGUAACAUCAACCGACGACAUUGUAUAGAACGUUGUGGAACAUUAGGAAUGCAAUGUGGUGGAAGUUUUGGAUGUUGCCAUGGACGCAUGUGCCGCAGUGGAACAUGUUGCAUACGAGAUGGAUAUCUAGUAAUAGAAACUUAUUAUUUUAAAAAAAUUUUCUAUUUAAAAGAAAAUUUUAAUUAUCUGUCAAUUGAAAAUUAAUUUUUUAAUUUACUUUAUUAAAUUGUAGUGUCGUGAAAAUUUUCAAUGCUGUAGUAGCCAAUGUGUCAGAGAUAGAUGUGCAAUAGA